ACAGAGAAAAAAUGGCAGGACUGUUUGAUAAACAAGCUGACCUAUACCUAGACGCCAGACCUAAUUACCCCUCGGAAUGGUUCUCCAAGCUCGCCGGCCUCACGGAUCACCACGUUUUAGCCUGGGAUGCCGCCACCGGCAACGGCCAAGCAGCUCUCGCCGUCGCAGAUCACUACGAGAGAGUCAUAGCCACGGACAUCAGCGAACCGCAGCUGAAGCUCGCGACGCCGCAUCCCAAGAUCGACUACCGCCACACGCCGUCGACGAUGACCGACGACGAGCUGGUGGAGCUGAUCGGAGGAGAGAGCUCUGUGGAUCUGAUCACCGUCGCUCAAGCCGUGCACUGGUUCGACCUCCCGAGAUUCUACGCGGUCGCAAAGCGCGUCCUCCGUAAACCGGGAGGAAUCAUCGCCGUCUGGGGAUACAACGACGUCGUGGUGUCGCCGGAGUUCGACGAGGUACAGUACCGGUUCCACGCCCAAACGCUGCCGUAUUGGAAGUAUCCGAAUAUUCAGCACGUGUUCGAUGCGUACGGAGCGUUGCCGUUUCCUUUCGAGAGCGUGGGGAUGGGAUCGGAAGGGGAGCCGUUGAUGCUGGAGAUGCCUAAGACGACGUCGUUCGAAGGGAUCGUAAGGAUGUUUAAGUCAUGGUCGGCUAUUGUGACGGCGAGAGAGAAAGGUGUGGAGUUGUUACCGGAGAGUUUGGUGAGAGAGCUCGAGACCGCUUGGGGAGGAGCUGAUCUUAUUCGUAAUGUCGUUUACAAAGCGUUUAUGAUCGCAGGGAAAGUUAGCGUUUGAAAUCAUCAAACGUUUUAAAAUUCGUUUCUUUCAUAAAAAACGUUUAAUAAAUAUAACUCGCACAUAGGAAUGAAAUGAACUGACAAAUGUGUGUUAACAAAAUCAAACAAAAAUACACUAUUAUAACGUUCAGAUAUAUUAAAAACUCUCUUUUUUUCUGCA